ACGCCUUCCUUCUCUGUGGACCUGGAGGGCGGGCAACGCUAAAAUAAAUUGACAGAGUGCGAGUGGGACGACGACAGACCUCACACAUCCAAGUCAAGCCACUCCAUUCGCCGUCGUUGUCGCCGUCUUUUUUUUUUAAAUACUUUCCGACGACGAUGACACGCAAACGAUCUGCCGUUGUCUUCGUUUCUGCGGGGCAAGCUCUCGGUGCAUCAGCUGCUGCGCUGUUCGCAGUGCGGGUAUCCUCCCCUGCGGUCGUUCUCCUUACGACCCUUUCGUUGUUGUACACGAAGCCGCUUUCUCCACCUUCCCCGUCGCCGAUCACCCCCGUCGUCGUCCAGUCACGCGUCCCAAGGUCAACCCUUAUCCUCGUCCUUCUUUCUCUCUCUGCCCUUUCUUUUCUUAUCGACGGGCUGGCCUACAUUGCUUAUGCUGUCUUCAACAAGGUGUGGAGUCUCGGGACUGGCAUCCCUCUUGCCUCUCUCCUCGGCCUGGUGGCCUAUGCUGGCCUGGCUGCCCUUGGAGCCUGGAAGGACAUCAACAACGUCCAAGUAUGGUUUCUCGCUCGUGUCAAACUCGCCAUUACCAUUGCUUUGGCGUUGGACAUCACGCAGGUCGUCCUUGCGUUGACUACCAAUACACGUGACAGAGCACAUUUCUGCAGUAGUCCUAAAUUGUCCAAGUGUAUCCCUGACAUCUUUCACCUCCUCACGCCAUGCCUUCGCGUUCUCUUCCUCUUCACGCUCCUACUCGCCCUCAAUUCACCCCGUGUCACCUAUAUUAAUGCGGAGAGACAGCCUGAAUUGGAGACGGCCGGGGAAGAGAACACUCCCCUCCAAGAGGACGGCCCAGCCGCAGAAAGUAGUAAAUACGGUACUUUCGCUGCUCGGGAUCAGUGCGAAUCUGGUCCUCCUCUCACGUCCUCAGAUGUCAAGGUGAGAUCCUGUUCAGUGAUACGGUUGCCACUUCAUGACGCUGCAACUCAGGAGAACUCCUCGAAGCGCGAAUCAUCCCUUGCUACUCUGUGCCGCUUGGGCUGUUUCAUCUGUCCAUCCAAUUCCAAGAGACGAGAAUUUGUUUUUGCCUUCACGACUUUUCUCCAUUUGAUCGUUCGAGUGUUGAAGCCCACCUUACCCCUUUCUUUGGGCGCAGCUGUCAAUGCAUUCAUCUCCCAGUCCGAUGUAACAUACCCCAUCCCCAUGCCUCUCGGCACCUCGCCUUAUCCGUACAUCUUCGUCUUCGUCAUUGCAUACUUCCUCACGUCGCAGGGCGGAAUUCCAGCACUGAUCCUUGCCGCCGAAUCUCGCAUUGGAGAACAUGCGGAUGCCACCCUUGAAUCUGCUUAUGCUGCCCACCUUUCAGGCCUCUUACUUGGCAAUUCUACCGGACUGAAGGUGAAAGGAAACCUCUAUCCAACGGGCGCAGUCUCUAAGCUCUUGGAAGCCGUCUCGGUUUGUGUGGCUGCUAUUCUUGAUAGUUUCAUAGGUGUUAUUGUGCUAGGUCUGUUGUUCGGCUGGGAGGUUGCGUUGGGCGUCUUCAUCGUCCUCGACGUUUACGUUUUUGUUACCCGCGUUCUUUCUCGUGCCCUCUCACUUUGCACGGUCCCCUAUUCCUCUUCUCGUGUGUAUCCGGCUUUCGCACUACUCACUCUCGUGCAGGCCCUCAUUGCUUGUGGGGGUUUGCUCCUUGGUAGUUUGUAUAUCGCAGAAGGAGUUGUUGACGGCGUCUGGACCAUCGGCGCUUGGGUUGCUUGGGUCUGGUAUUGGUUGGCUCUUGUAUUGCCAUUAUCAUCAAUCCCUUGCCCACAAGGAACAUUACUAGACGUCCGUUCUGUGCUCGAUACGCUGAGUCAACCUGCCGAGGUUAAAGACUGUGGGAACAUGUCACUUGAUGGUGAAGGUGGUGUUGGGGUUCGCUUCGAAAAUGUAUCGUUCACCUACCCCUACUCUCCCGAGCACGCUCAGCCCUAUGGUUCCUUACUUUCCUCCGUCUCCUUCACUGUACCUGCGUCAUCCACCGUGGCCCUUGUUGGUGCGCCUGGCAGUGGAAAAUCAACCAUCAUGAAGCUUCUCUACCGCCUGUACCUACCUGAUGUCAACGGUGGCUCUAUCUACAUCGACGGUAAAGACAUUCGGAAUAUCUCUUCCCUCAGUCUCCGCGAGAAGCUUGCAGUCGUGGCAAAGGUUGACGCCGAUGAACGGCAGGCGGCCAUCUCUCGCGCACUUGCUAAAGCUGCGCGGGUUAUACUCGUUGAAGGUGAUCUAGAUGUUGAGACGUUGGCCCUUGUGAAGGAUGGGAGGACGGUCCUUUGGGAGGUUGGUGCUGCGGAUCUAGGAAGGAUCCAGGGGAGUGUAGAUCAGAUCAUCGUCCUAAAGGAUGGCCAGAUCGUCGAGCAGGGUGCCUUCGAUGAGCUUCUUGCAGAAAAUGGGAUAUUCACGUCCAUGUGGGCCGAGUACAGUCAAUCAACGUCAGCUCCUGCUGGUCCGCCUCCCGUUGGAUAUGAUGCCGAAGCUGUCGAUACUGAAGACGUCGAUCGCGUCGUUGCGGAUUCCCCGCGACCAGUCUCUGCUUCCCUUCGCCCCGCUGACUCCAUCCGUGCCCCUUCUCUCCGAGCUCCAGCUGCUUCCAUCCACGCAGAGCCUACUGCACCUGUAGUUCCCCCUAAAGACAAUGUUCCGGUUUCAUUCCCUACCUCGGACCCUGAAGAGGAACCUGCCACUACGCCAGCACCUGUUGCGUUCCCCACUUCAGGUGAUUCGAGCUCCCAGGCACCAGAGCCAGUUGCCUUCCCCGUCUCGGAUGACGCUCGCUCUGUCGCGUCGCAACCGCGCCCUGCGGUUCCGGGACAUGUCCAAGGUGCCUCUGUCACAUUCGACACGACGACUACCCCGCCACGUUCUGGUACGCCCGACCCGUCUGGCACACCCAAUGACCCGACAGAUGGCAAGCGCAAGCGGAUAUCAUCGCAAAAUUUCCAGCGUCUCGCACGUCGCAUCUCCUUGAGUACCCCACGCAAGGGUGCUGGUAUACCUGGUAUCGCCAAUAUUGCGAAUGUACUUAAGAGAGACUCGAGCCUCAAGGGCGACAGUAAGGACAAGGCUGCCGACAAAGAUGAAGGAAAAAGCGGAGAGUCGAGUAGCAAGGACGCCGAUGUUGCAAGCGCGACCGGAAGCGGCAGUGGGUUGGCAAGUGGUGCGGAGAGUGCGCGCAAUUCUGGAGAGAUAAGCAGGCAAACCGAGAAGGACAAGGAACGAGAAGAGAAGAAGAGAAGGAGAAGAAGCUUCAUGCAAUUUGGAAGCAGCAGCGGUUCCACCUGAUCGGUGUGAGAUCGAGUUAAGUCUAACGAAUCAUUUCUUUUGAUCUGAUAUGAUCUCUUUUUUUUCUAUCUUUUUCUUUUGUUUUCUCACUUCGUCUUACUGCUUUGUUUUGUUAUACGUCGUCCAGGUCACAUCUCUACACUGCCAUACGGUCUGUUCACCUACUUACCCGUCACAUCAUUCUCGGAGUGGAAACCCAAAUUUUGUUUGAAGUACUUUACGACUCCUACGACAGUCAUGCCAAAUUGUUAUCACGAUUUAUUGUUCAUGAGGGAAGAAUGUGGUUGUGCUUUAUAUUGACGUGGCCGUAUCUGUCGAGAUAUUAAUGCUUGCAUCUCUCUGAGUAGAC